UGAAAUCGUAGAGAAAACAGUGCAAUUAUCUAAAUUCGCUCGUGCUAUCGCUUAGAUUUGGGUUUUUCAUCCUUGUAAGCAUGCAGUUUGUCGUAUUACCCUGUAUCCAAAGCAUCGUAUCUACAUACAAUAAUAAGUAAUGCGCAUUUAUAAGAUAGUUAAUUUCGAUAAUUGGUACAUCGUUUCGAAUCGAUGGUGAUGUCAUAAUUGUGCCAGUGAACCAGUUACGCCGUGAGUCUGGUAACCUUCAACUGUGCAAUGAGAACGAAAAAUCUCAAGCGGAAAUUGAACGAAAAUCCCUUGUUCUUGUUUUGACUUGUAAAGAAAAUCCAGCAUUCGAAGUUUUUCCUGUAGCGAAGCUUGUCGUUUAAAUAGACUCUCAUUGAAGCGUUAACGUUAGUAUGUACCAAGAUGUGGGUGAACGUUGGUGUGCUUCUCUUUGUGUUAAAUUUUAAAAGCACGUGCCAGUACGAAGUGCCGCAACCGGACAUAACUGUGCAUAAGCCACGUGGAUUUAGUGUUAGUAUACCACACGAAUCUGGAAUAGAAAUAUUCGCAUUUCAUGGUAAUAUCAACCGCAAGCUGGUCGGUCUUGGUGCUGGAGAGUUUUCGGUGGACAUUCGAAAACAGGAAAAUGGCAAGUGGAUCUUUCACGACUCGAGCCGAAAAUUAAAGGGCGGCGAUGUUAUUUACUACUGGCUCUUUGUCAUCAAAGAUGGUUUGGGAUACAGACUAGAUGAUGGCCGCUUUGUGGUGGAAGAAUCGCACAAUUCUGACGAACACAAGACCGCUUCUCCGUCUCGGCAAGAAAAUCCGACAUGCUUAGAAGGCAUAUUAAAUGUAACCAAGACGCUGCUAGAACAGCAGGCCUACAUUAACGCACUCGAAUUAGCGAAUAAGCAAAUGAGGACCUAUAUAGAGCAGCAGAAGGAUGGAAGAAAAUUGACCAUUAGCGGUAGGCUGCCACCGGAUGAUAUGGCGUCGCCGACGGUCAGUUUCAUUCUAAGGGAGAAGCUGGAUUUAAACCCCAUAAUUGUCUCCGCGGAACGUCAUAACGACGGCAGUAUUACGUUUGAAGUUCCUUCGGUUGAAGAUAAGAUUGAAAUUCUACAAGCAGCUAGAAAAAAAUUGGCGACAUCAGCAAUAUCUAUAACAUAAUGCUGAGUGAAGAAAAGGGCUGGGCGAUCCCUAAGACCGAAAAUGAAGUACUCUUACAAGUGUGGACAGAUUUACCUUUUGUGAUGGUUUAGGGCCGCAGGUUUUAGGGCUUAUGUAUUUUCAGGCGACUACCAAAGAAUUGUACAAUAAUUAGUCAAUAUACUCGUAGGUAAACCUGGGAUAGUAAAUUCUGUAAUAUUUU